AUGAUACCACAAACAGAAGGGGUUUUAUCAAUUAAAAAAAUCAGAUUUGUGGUACAAUAUAAUUAUUUUUGUUAUAAUGGUCAAUAUUAUCAUCAAGUACGUGGUGGUGCUAUAGGUUCUCCUUAUAUUGAUGAUAUAUGUAUUACCAUAAACUGGCCUACUCAACAUUUAUCUAAACAAAUUGAUCGAUGGAAUAAAUUUGACUUAAAUAUCAAAUUAAAAGCUGAAGUUAGUCAUUCGACAAAUUUUCUUGAUUUAUACAUAGAAAAUAAAAAUGAUGAAGUAUUCACAAAAGUUUAUCACAAAUCAUCUUAUGAAUCAUAUUAUUUACCAUUUAAUAGUGUUCAUCCUAUGCAUAUGAAAAAGAAUAUUCCAUUUGCUAUGUUAAUUCGUACUAUUCAAUAUUGUUUAACAUUCGAAGUAUAUUUCUAUGAACGUGAAAAAUUAAGAAUGGCUUUAUUGUUAAAUAAAUAUCCUGGUGAAUUUAUAGAAAAACAAUUCAGUCAUGUAUUUCAAAAAACAUAA